AUGGAGCCCUACAGCUUCGCUAAUCCACCCCACGCUAGCUCACCCAACAGGUUAUCCUACCGGAUGCUCCAAAACUUGAAGGAUAUCACGAGGUCAGCCGUCCCCGUUCGCGUAGGUGGUACUACGGCCAACCACGGCAUCUGGGUACCUGACCAAGAACAAGCCAUCAUUCAGAACUUCGCUGUUGUAGGUGCGGAUCAGCCAGCAAAUUCUACCUGGGGUCCGGCAUACCUCGAGUCCUUCAAGAUUUUGCCCAAAGGUACCCAAUACACGGUUGGCGUGACGUUUGACAGCGGGAGUGUUGGGGCGAAGAAGACGGUCGAUGAGGCAAAGGUCUUCUACAAUGGCCUUGGGAAAGACAUUUUCGCUUUUGAGGUGGGGAACGAGUUUGACGCGUUUCCUGUGGACCGCAACACGAGUACUUGGUCGAUUGGUGAAUACGUCCCAGAAUGGUUGGAGCGCACUGGCUUCGUGGCAAAGGCAGUGUUCAGAAAUGCUCUGGCGAAGCGGUUUCAAGCCGGAGUAUUCGUUGUCCCGGGCACAGUUACCAAUGAUACCUCUUGGACGACCAAAGCAGCUAUCGACCUGGGAAUAGCUUCAACUGGUGUGGCGAGGACCUUCUGCACGCAUUAUUACGCCGGCGCUGCAUGUGGACCACUCAAGCCCACUCUCGCAGGGGCCUUGAUGAAUCGCACGAACCUAGUGCAAUCCAUGGGGUACCAAGCUACGUCUUCCUCAUAUUCGGUUUCCAAGGGUUUAACUUAUAUCAUCGGCGAAACGAAUUCCAUUGCCUGUCAAGGCCUCGCUGGCGUCUCUGAUGUAUUCGGUGCGGCGCUUUGGAGUGUUGACUACGCAUUGUACGCAGCUUCACUCAAUGUAUCCAACGUUUACUGGCACAUGGGCACUGGUUAUCGUUAUGCAGCCUGGCAGGCUACGCAGAAUGGCACUACAACACCUGGACCGCGGCCCCUGUACUACGGGAACCUGUUCGUCGCCACAGCUCUCGGAGAAGGCAAUACCCAGGUGGUACCUAUCGUCAAUUCGACGUCUCUCGCUGGUUACGCCGUUUACUCGAACACUCCCCGGGACUCGUCACUUCGAAGCAUUGUUCUGGUCAACAUGAACGUCUUCAACUCUACCAGCACUCCAGCAGCCUCGCGACCGAGCGCAGGAUUUGCGCUACCCUCGCACCUUCGCAAUAAACACUCAAAGGUUUCAGUGCAACGUUUGACUGCAUCAGGCGCAGAAGUUCGUGAGGGAAUAUCGUUUGCCGGUCAGACAGUUGCACUCGAUGGUAACAUCACCGGAAAUCGCAAGAAAGAGAUGCUGAUAGGCAACACUGUUAAGGUUCACGCAAGCGAAGCUGUGUUGCUCCAAAUAGAAUAG